AUGUUUUUUAAGCCCCGGCGCAUAGACUUGUUGUUAGGAACAGAGGCCUUCUUUGAUGCCCUUGCUGUUGGCCAAAUUCGACUGGGUGCAAAUUUACCGACGCUUCAGAAGACGUUGUUUGGUUGGGUCGUCUCUGGUAGGUUUCGAGGUGACUAUAACGUGACGUCAUCAUCUUGUCUGCUGUCAAAUGAAACCUCAAUCGACGAGAAUUUGCAACGCCUAUGGCAACUGGAAGCCAUCGACACGUCACCAAAACCAACUCAGCCAGACCAUCGAAUUUGUGAAGAGCAUUUCACAAAAACAACUCAUCAAGACCACACUGGUCGAAUUACUGUAAAUCUGCCAUUUAAAGACAACCCAAUUUGUCUCGGAGAUUCCUUCGAUAUCGCUCGUCGGCGAUUCCUUGCGCUUGAGAGACGUCUCCUACGUUCGUCCGAAAUCCGUCCGCAGUACAUUGCCUUCAUGGAAGAGUACGAAAGUCUUGGGCACAUGUCAGUAGUAGCACACCCCAACUUGAAAGAGCCACACUACUAUAUGCCACAUCACUGCGUGCUUAAACCUAGCAGCACGUCAACCAAAUUGCGAGUAGUGUUUGAUGCCUCGUGCCGCACCUCAACACAAACAUCAUUGAACGAUCAUUUGUUAGUGGGGCCCACAAUUCAACAAGAUUUAUACAUGCUUCUAUUACGUUUUCGUCUGUAUCGUUUCGCCAUCACCGCAGAUAUCACUAAAAUGUACAGGGCACCCCAUUUUGGCGGUCUCUGGGAAGCAGCAGUUAAAAGCGCAAAGGGACUGCUCUAUCGCACAUUGGCUAAUACAAGAUUAACAUAUGAAGAACUGAGCACUGUAGCUGUGGAAAUAGAGGCCAUACUAAACUCGCGUCCGCUCUCACCGCUAUCAUCAGAUCCCAAUGACUUUGAAGCACUCACUGCUGGACAUUUUUUGGUCGGGUCAUCGCUACGUGCCCUACCCGAAGGCUGA